CAGGCAUUCGCUUCCCGGCAGUCUUUGAGUUCGCAUCACAUCGCGCUUCGGUUUUAGAGCCCGCGGUACCGUUUCAUCUAUAAGGAUUAUUGGGGUGUUGAUUACUGGGAAGUGCAGUAAUUGAAUCGUGUGUGUGGAAAUAUUUGGUCCUUGGGUGAUGUGCAAUUUGAAAGUGUAGUGAACCAUUUCUAAGAAAUUGGUAAAAUACGAACUUGUUUGGAAUUAAAUCUAGUCAAAGGAUUAUUUGGAUACUUCUAGGUAAUUGGGAGAGAAGCAAAAGUCAAGGACCCACAACACGCGUUUCACUUGUCCGACUUGCAGUCCCCCUCCAGAAUUUCGAAUCUUGUGGCACGUGCUGGUCACGCGUCGUCAAUCAGCCGAUCGGAAGUGUUAGCUUUACCGUUAUGCACUUAGCUGGCAAUUAGGCAGACAAACAGAAGCGCAACAGAUUUUCGAGCUCCGAAUUCCCUGAUUGCCUGACAAUGUUUUCCAUGGACAACUUUGACUUGGAGGCCACGAUGGCGCGUCAUUUCUUCGAGGGAUCGCAGGCCACCAACGCCUCCACCUCCAGCUCCGAUUAUUUUUUCGGGGACGAGCACAGCUCGGAGAGCGACGACGAGGAUGAUGCCUACAGCAGCGGUUUUAACAGCGAUCAGGAGAACACCGAGAAGACCCGGAGGAGCCACAAGCCUCGGCGCUUGAAGUGCGCCUCCCAAAUGGCCCAGCAGAGGCAGGCGGCCAAUCUCCGCGAGCGUCGGCGGAUGCAGAGCAUCAACGAGGCGUUCGAGGGUCUGCGCACCCACAUUCCCACGCUGCCCUACGAGAAGCGACUGAGCAAGGUCGACACACUCAAGCUGGCGAUCAGCUACAUAACCUUCCUGAGCGAGAUGGUCAAGAAGGAUAAGAAUGGCAACGAACCCGGUCUGAGCUUGCAGCGCAAUUAUCAGAAGGAACCGCCCAAGAAAAUCAUCCUCAAGGAUCGCACUGGCGGAGUGGCGCACUCGUUGUCCUGGUACCGCAAGGGCGACCGAUAUCCCGGCAGUAAGCUCUACGCCCGCACCUGGACACCAGAGGAUCCCCGGGGACCCCACUCGCAGCCCCUGCCGCUGUACAACAACAGCAACUCGAAUCAGAAUCAAAACAGCAACCAGAGCAGCGACGAUUUCAGCGGAAGUGCUGAUAUGUCCGAUCCGGGAGCAACGGCCAGUAUUUUCAGCAGCGGCAGUGGAAUGUGAAUUGUGAACUUGAAGGUUCCCAGCAUGACCUGCAAACAGUUACAGAGAAUGAGAUUCAAUGGAAAUCCUACUAGUCAAGCCUUGCUAGUCAUGGCAUCUAACACAUAUUAACCAACUUAAUAAUUAUAUGAGGAAAACAUGUUCUGUGGUAUUUAAUUGCUCUAAGUUUGCUGAUAUCUAAAUGUUAUACAUAGUGGUUUAGUUUAAAUCGAAUAAACAUUUCACACAAAUCUA